UCGCUGGCAGCUCCCAGAAGGCCCCGCGCAGGCCAAGAUGGUGGCGCCGCGAGCAGGGCGAGGCGGGUGAGAGCGAGGUCGGGACCCCCCCCCCGUCGCCAUGGAGCCGCGCGCGCUGGGGCGCUGCGUCCUGCUCGCGCUCGGCGCCCUGGCCUGGAGCCUCAGGCUGGCAGAGGCGACGGCGUCGAGUGAGGCCAAGCGCUCAGUGAGCCCGCUGGUGGCCACGCCAUGCUGGCAAGCAGAAGACUUUGUCGUUGUUCUGGAUUGUGCCCCAUGCACGAUCUUCCAAGCAAAGACGAUGCCCGAGUGCAGCACGACUGGCUUCAUCGAGCAAAUUAACUGCGCCGUGUCCAAGAAGGAGGAGUACAGGAGCUGCCGCUCCGUGGUGACGGAAGCACACAGCUUCUGGAAGUUCGAGGGGGCCAUGAUCUGUGUGGCUGUGGUCUUUGCCCUGUUGGUCAUGUGCCGUCAGAGGGUGCUGGACAGGAAGGCCCUGGAGAAAGUUCGCAAGCAGAUCGAGUCCAUUUAGUAUCUGUCGACCUCCCAGCAGCCCCGGUGCUGCCCACCUCCUCUCCUGUGUGGGGAACUGGGGCACGGAUGCUAAUCCCCUUUCCCGCUCCGGGGAGCUGCAGGAGGAGGAGACUGGCGUCAGAGACCAAGAUCUGCUGUGUCCUGGCAGAGAGCAGCUCUCUGACCGCUUGGGAGCGUGGUUCAGCCAACUCAGAGCCACGGCGAACGCCACUCGGCUUGCUCCUUGGAGACUCAGCAGCCGGCUGGGGGUUCCCCUCGGUCCAUCUCACCUGCCAUGAGGAGGGCUGGGGUCCCAUCCCUUCUUAGCCCCUUCUCUCCUGCCGUCAGUGCGCACGAGGAGUCCCUUUGUGACUGGCAGCUCCUGGUGGGAUAUGGGGCGUGUGCCCAGUGGGGGCUGCCACCUUGCAUCCCUCAGCAUUAACGCAGCCCCCCUCCUUCCGCAGGUUCUGAGACAGUAAACCCUGAGCCUGGAUGCAGGAGCUGCCUCUGGGCAGCCAGUACCCUGCUGUGCUGGCUGUCCAGCCCGGUGCAGUGAGGGAGGCUGUUGGUUAAUACAGGCCGCAGGCUGUGGGGGACUUGCGGUCUAGUUCCUGCUGGAGCGGAGCGUGACCCUGCCUGGCUGAGCGGCUCCUCCGUUCCCUCAGGGUGACGUGUAGUCCCAGGCACCUGGCUUGUCUGCUCAGGGAGUCCGGCCAGCCCUCUCCCUGCCCUGGGUGCACCCGUCCCAUGACCCCAGAGCAGCAGGCCAGGUCCUGGCACACGCUUCCCUGCUGCUCCAUGCUGGUGCCGGGGCUGGUCUCGGGGGCACGA